GUACAUAUUCGGCUCCCGUAUGGGACACAUCACACGAAGAUGAUGUUUCUGAAAUAUCGAGAUGGCCUACGCAUUGUAAUACACACUGCGAACCUGAUCGCCGAAGACUGGAAUCUGCGAACUCAAGGAUUGUGGGUAAGUCCGAAGCUGCGUCGCAUUGAAGACGUGGCAGCCCCGGACUCAGACUCAAACUUUCGAGCAGAUCUUAUCACAUACUUACAUGGUUAUGGCUCUCGUUUAACCCAGGGUCCCAACUCUCCUUUGGCUCCUUGGAUUAAAGAACUUAGAACUCACGACUUCACUCCGGUCCGGGUUUUUCUAAUUGGUUCCGUAUCUGGGCGACAUACUGGUUCUAAUCUGAAACAAUUUGGUCAUGUUAAACUAGGAGAGGUGCUUCGCAGAAACUCUGGAGAGACACCGUCCUCUUGGCCCAUCAUCGGUCAGUUUUCAAGCAUAGGCUCCUUGGGCAGUCAACCCACGAACUGGCUCACAACAGAGUGGUCCACUAGCCUAGCGGGCCGCGGCGCUCGAGGAAUCCGGCUGAUCUAUCCUUGUGUGAAUGACGUUCGUGACAGUCUAGAAGGCUACGCAGCUGGUGGCUGCCUCCCGUACAGCAAGCAUACGGCAGCAAAACAAUUGUGGCUUCGACAUUUUCUGCAUCGUUGGCGGGCCAGUGGUCACACCCGAGCUAUUCCACACAUCAAGACAUUUGCGCGUAUUUCUCCCGAUGGGUUACAUGCUGCGUGGUUCCUUUUGACCAGUGCUAAUCUAUCCAAGGCUGCUUGGGGUGCGUAUGAAAAAGAUCGCACUCAGUUGAUGAUACGGUCCUAUGAACUCGGAGUUCUCUUCCUUCCUUCUCAGUACAAAGUGAGGUGCUUUGCUUUUAUCUAUGUUUAUUCACGAUGGUCAUCUUGUGGUACUCCGUGCUCGAUGACUUUUACUUUCGUGGGUCGCAGUCGUUGCACUGACUCGCGAGUCUUUAGUGAGGCGUCUAUUCCUCAUGAGUAG